AUGUCGAACAGCGAUACUGCGGCGCGCUUCCUGAACUACCCCACCCCAAUCGCCCGUGAAGCACCCUACACAGCCCCACCACCAGCCAAGAACCCGGUGGUCAAGGGCGCACUACUGAACUACCUUGGAAGCCUUGUCGCUGCUGUACCUGGGCUGCCAUACCUGCUAUGGAGCAACGCAGGCUUCAGCUCCCUGCGCAACCUGAAGGAGCUCAAUGGCAUAGAUCCCCGUUACGAUCCGACCGUCAUUCCAAUAUCAGAGUCCACCGAUGGCACAUUCAGCCUACCUGAUCAUGUGAAUGAGCUUCGACUCAAGUCUGCGGGCGCGCAAGAGCGGUUCUACACGGUUGUCGACUUCCACAAUGCCUACAGAAGUGGCACGCACACACCCACCGAAGUCGUGGAGACUCUACUACCGCUUAUUCGAAGGGAUGUUGCGCAGCGCUCGCGUCACUCUACCUCGUUUAUGCCCGGGCCAAUCGAGCUCGUUAGGCAAGCGGCAGAGGCAUCGACAAGACGAUGGAAGGCCGGCAAGCCACUAGGUAUACUAGAUGGUGUGCCAUUUGCCGUGAAGGACGACCUCGAGGUCAAGGGUUACAAGAGAUAUAUUGGUACCAGCCAUGACUACACCAAUGGCAGGGAGUAUGAAGCGGAGACGAGCUGGUGCGUGAAGAAGGUCGAAGAGCAAGGCGCUGUUCUCGUGGGUAAGCUCAACAUGCACGAGCUGGGAAUGGAUACGACAAAUAACAACCCGAUCUGGGGUACGCCGUUGAACCCAUACCACCAGCAGUACUAUACUGGUGGCUCGUCUGGAGGUGCAGCAUCUGCUGUUGCAGCCGGUCUGGUGCCCUUUGCCAUUGGCUCAGAUGGGGGAGGCUCAGUGCGUAUUCCAUCGAACUACUGUGGCCUCUACGGUCUCAAGACCUCUCACAAUCGAGUGUCGACAGCCCCUAUGCCAAAUGCUGGAAAGUCCGUCACGGUGCGAGGCCCCUUGGCGAGCAGCAUGAUUGACCUUGAGCUAUCCUACCGUGUCCUGGCGCAACCGGAUCCUAACAGCUACCCCUCCGCUGUAUUCAGUCCCUCUCAAGCGCUUACAGGACCACGCAACAAGGUACUUGGUAUCUACAAGCCGUGGUUCGAUCGUGCCGAUCCUCCGGUGCAAGAAGCAUGCCACUCGGCUCUGCAAUACCUCCAGUUUGAGCUCGGCUACCAAGUUAUCGAUAUCACCAUACCGCUACUCCAUCAAGGACAACUCGCACACGCCAUGACUAUUCUGGCAGAAGGCGCAGCCGGCCACCAAACCUCGAUCUAUGAUCUCACUCCCGCCAACAGGAUCCUCAUGAGCGUGGCAAGGCAAACCCCUGCCACAGACUUCCUGCUCGCUCAGCGUGUUCGCAAUAUCAUCAUGGAGCACCUUGCUUACCUGUUCAAGAAGCACCCAGGUCUUAUUAUUGUCACACCCACGACUCCCAACGCUGGCUGGCCUAUCGAGGAAGCUGACCUAGCUCAUGGCAUGACGAACGCAAACAUGCAGCUCAAGAACAUGGAGUAUGUCUGGCUUGCGAACUUCACUGGCAUUCCUUGCAUUCAGUUCCCUGUCGGAUAUGUAGAUGGCGAGAAGAGCAAGGGGCCGGGCAAGGUGCCCAUUGGAUUAAGUGGACAGGGUGAGUGGGGCAGUGAGGAUGCGCUGAUUGAGUUUGGCUUUGAUGGCGAGAGUUGGUUGCAUGAGGGCUACGCGGGAGGGAAGCUGCGGCCUGCGGAAUGGGUAGAUGUUUUGAAGGAGUAG